CCCCCCUGCCGGGCUGCAGCUGUCUGCAAUCAUUAAAAUAACUGGCUCGACUUCUCCCUGAAGCUCUGACAAGUGCCCUACAGCACAGGCGUCUGAAGAUGUCCGAUUACUACGUAGAGCCCAAACCUGGAGACCUUAUAGAGAUCUCUCGUUUGGGGUACAAGCACUGGGCCAUCUAUGUAGGUUGUGGUUAUGUGAUCCACCUGGCGCCCACAGAUAACUUAGCCCAGGCCAGCGUCUCCAGCAUCAUGUCCGUCUUGUCUGAGAAGGCGGUGGUGAAGAAGGAACUCUUGUGGGAGAUCGCUAGAAGUGAAGCCUGCCGGGUCAACAACAAAUACGAUGGAAAAUACAAGCCCCUGCCUGCGAGCCAAAUCAUCCAGGAGGCAGAAUUGCUGUUGGGAAAGCAAGUGAAUUACAGAGUGGCUAGCCAGAAUUGUGAACAUUUUGUGACCCGGUUGCGGUAUGGCACAGCUAGAAGUGACCAGGUGAGAGAGACCAUGGCCAGUGCAGUCGCACUGGUUGGCGUUGGGGUUGUUUUGGGCAUGGCCACAGUACUGGGCGGCCUCCUCUUGCCCAGCAAGCCCGAAGAAAAAUAA